UGCCCCCCUGUGCACACUCCAGCAGGAAUGCCACCUGGCAAAGGGCAGAUGACCCCGCUGCUGCCCGCCCCGACGGUCUCUGCGCCCACCCUGCAGGGCACCCAUGGCCCCUCCGCGGGGGGCUGCCCUCAGGCCCCGAAGGGUCCCAGCUCGCCGCAGGGCCGCAGCAAGAAGAAGAGCCGUAAGCACCAGCGGUUCCUGGAGCGCCGGGCGCUGCUGGAGCAGAAGGGGCUGCUGAGCCCCCGCGAGCACAGGAGCACUCAGACCCCCGUGGCGGGGCCAGAGGCACACACCGCCCUCACCAAGGCAAAUGGCACCAUGACACAGCGCUCUGGCAAGGUCCCCAAGCCCAAACGGGUCAUCUCUGCAUCCCUGUCCCCAUCUGCCUCUCCGGACAGUAUAGCCAGGCACCACUCCGUACUGCUGUCCCAGGGGAACGACAGCUCCAAGAAGGUGAGAAUGUCCUCACUGGUCCUGCGCCCGGGCAAGUACGUGGCCAUUGACUGUGAGAUGGUGGGCACCGGCCCUCAGGGCAGGCUGAGUGAGCUGGCACGGUGCUCUGUGGUGAACUACGAGGGGGAUGUCAUCUAUGACAAGUACAUUCAGCCUGAGCUCCCCAUCGUGGACUUCCGGACACGCUGGAGUGGCAUCACCAAGCAGCACAUGAAGAGAGCGAUUCCCUUCAAGGCUGCCCAGGCAGAGAUCCUGAAGAUCUUGAAAGACAAGAUUGUGGUAGGACACGCCAUCCACAAUGACUUCCAAGCGCUGAAGUACUUCCACCCAAAAGACAGGACUCGAGACACCAGCCACAUCCCUGUGCUGAAGCAGAGGGCAGGGCUGCCUGUCAGGGCCAACGUCUCACUCAAGAACUUAGCCUGGCACCUGCUCCAUAAAAGGAUCCAGGUUGGCCAUAAAGGACACUCGUCAGUGGAAGAUGCUCAAACAGCCAUGGAGCUGUACAGACUGGUGGAGGUGCAGUGGGAGAAGGAGCUGGCCCAUAGCCUGCCCCCCCGGCCCCCCAGCCCCGUCACAGACCCCACUGCAGACAGCAGCCAGUACUUGGAUGACCAGUACUGGCCCACAGACCUGAUGGCAAGUGGCCUGUGAUGGGGGACAGCGUCUCCUCCGUGUGUUUUGGGCCAUCCUGGUGCCUUCAGCUCUGGAAGGUGGAAGUGACUGCUGACCUCCUUCCCCAGGGCUUGUACUCCAUGGGUCUGCCCAGUACCCAGCCCUGCCCAGGGAUGGAGACAUGGUGACACCUGGACACCAGCAAUCUCCCAGAAAUGCUGUCUGCAGCCCCUAGUUUGUGCACAGAAAUGAGGGCUGUGGCUGCACUGUGUUCAUCUGUCACUUUGGGAUGAGUAGGGUCCCUGGCGUCAGCCUGGAGGAGCCCCCAUGGGCAUGUGUGGUGGGGGCUACCAGCACAUCCUCCGUGCCUUCCAUGGGCUUGUCCCCUUCCCAGAUGGAAGUGGCAGGUUUUCCUGUGGAAGGACUGAGGUGUUUUGCUGAUGCCCAAAGGUGCAAACCAUCCAGGGCCAGUAAACGAUCAGCUUCCUCCUUUUUUUCAUAGACUUGUAAAAUAUGCUGAGUUGGAAGGGAUAUGUCAGGAUCAUAGAG